CCGUGACUAUACAAAAUUGACCUCUUUAAAGUCUUUUCAUCCACUCUUCCUCGAAGAGUCCCCUCCUCUUUCUCUCUCUACCAACUGGUCUCUCUCUCUCUCUUUCUGGGUCCUCUGUGAUCUUCUGCAACCUCUAAGGAAAUAAGCCGUUUGCCAUACAUGUUUGGUUUGGGAAACGAUCUCGUAAUCGAAUUGCCAGGGGUGUCAUGGCUCAUUUGCCUUCACCUCGUGGUGAUGUUCUUCCUUUUCCUUCUUCUCCUCUCCUACCUUGGAAUCCAUGUCUUUCAGGCUAUCGAAGACCGACCAGGCUCGACCUCCUCUGCUAACUUUUCGAGUAACGACAACCCGGGAACAAAACAAAUCCAGAAAAAUCCCAGUAACAGUAGCAGCAACUGCUCACGGAUUAAUAACAAGACUGAAGACCUAGAAACCAUCCUUGCCAGAAAUAAAGAUUUAGAAACCAUUAAAGGCCAGUUGACAACAUCCACAAGAAGAACAAAAGUGAAGGUGGGGAAGGAACAAUAUGAGGAAGAAGAGAUAGAAGAAAUGGGGGAAUCUUUACCAAUGAUGCUCAAACAAAGAUCAGUGAUGCAAUUUUCUAAUCCCUGCUAUUACCUUGGACAAGCUUUAAAGCCUUUUCUGAAGUGCUUGGGUAUUCAAUCCAUAUAUCAGGAUCCUUCAGCAGUAAAGCAAGGAAAAACUCUAAAGAAAAUGACAGAAGAGAAUCCGUUGGAUCAAGGUGAGAAUGUAGAUCCAAAAGGCCUUCAAUGACAUCAGUGGUGGCUAGGGGAGCUCCCCAUAGGCCCAUACGCAUUCAGAAUAUAUUGUAACAUAACUUUGUAUAGCUUUCUCAAUUUUGUUCUAAUUUUCCACUUACGCUCA